AAAGUGAUAAGCAGCAAGCAGCUUCUGGGUGUUGCUUUCAAGUGCACUCCCGCUGAAUGUGUGUGUGAGCGUGUGUGUGUGUGUUAAGGAAGGGGGGGGGCACGUUCAUUCUUUCUCCCGCUACAGUAGCAACGCACAGCAGCGGCAUUGGUCCCGGACAAAAGGCUAAACGCAGCAGAGCCACAGGAGGGGGUAACUCAGGGAUAGUGCAUGCCCAGCAGAGACUGCGCUUCUCAGGGAGGAAUUUAACCUGCUGCCUCACCUCUUUUUGGGCCCGGACUGCAGACGCGACAUCUCCACAGUCACCUCCUCAUCCACCUGCCCCCCAAAGAUGUCAGAGGAUGAGUGCCGCUCUCCCGUCGGCCUGGACUGCUGCAGCUGCUGCCUGGACCUGGCCAACGGAUGUGACGACUCCAUGUCUCAGGGCCUGCCGACGAGCCCCACCAGCCCCAGCGUCAGUCACUUCCGUCAGCUUCGCAAUCAGCUGAUGUACCCCAACCUCAACACGGACAAGCUGAACAACAUCAUGAGGCAGGACUCCCUCGAGUCGGUGGUGAGGGACCCAUGCUUCCUGCUGAACGAGGGGAUCUGCAACAGCAACAUAGACCAGACCAUGCUGUCCAUCCUGCUCUUCUUCCACAGUGCCUCGGGUGCUAGCGUGGUGGCCAUUGACAACAAGAUAGAGCAGGCCAUGGACCUGGUCAAGAACCACCUCAUGUACGCUGUGCGUGAGGAAGUGGAGAUCCUCAAGGAGCAGAUCAAGGAGCUGGCGGAGAAAAACAACCAGCUGGAGAGGGAAAACUACCUGCUGAAGAACCUGGCCAGUCCGGAGCAGCUGGAGAAGUUCCAGUCCCGCAUCCCGACUGACGGCUUGCUCCCGCUGGACAAUCAGAGCGUUCAGGUGAUGUCCGAGCAGCAGACCUGCAGCCACGCCACUGGCUCUGCUGUAUAAGUGGCUCUGCCUUGGGGCGGGCAGAGCCACUGUCCCUGUUCAGCAAUGGACCUCCAUGUUUUUGCGUUGAAAGAAUUGCUGCCGCUGGAAAAAAUGGCAAUGAGGGCAUGGCCUUGUGGCCGCAAAACGCCUGAUGGGACUUCAAAAGUUGACUGAUGAGCACAAAACGUCCAACCGGCGUUGUGUGUGUGAUCCCGUCCAAGUCUUCGCUGUAGUGUCAACAAGUGCUAAGAACCAAGAGGGCCUACUGGACAUUACUGCGCGCUUGCUUUCAGACGAGGGGUUGGAGUGGGGCGCCCAUCCGGCGACCGUCCUUGAGCUCUUGAUUGGGCUGGUCCCGCAGGUGCGAACUUGGAAAGCGUGCGAGGCGGGUUGCGGCGACUUCCUACUCCACCCGGGUCUGGACGUGCCGUGAGGCCCCCUCCCCUCCGGCGUGUGGAUGCGUUCCAAGUUUCAAGGAUUCCCAGCUCCACAUUUCAUCCACAAGGACUUUUCCUGCGUGUAUGUUGACGUUCAUUAACAGAAAUAAUCAACAGGAUGAGCAGAGGUGAAGCUUAGAGUAUAAUCCAGCCUGGUGGACUGACUGUAUACUGUACUGAUUGGUAACCUGUAAUCUUAUAGUGUCUGCAGUUGGGGCUUGCUGCUUAUAGGGAGGGGUUCAUGCUUGCCAUAUUUUCGUUUUGUUUCUGUUGUAUAAUAAGGAUGCUCUUUUGAGAUCAUUUUAUCUACACUGAAAGCGUGAAGAGCGUCCAUUGUCCUGCAGUCAACAAACGAGCAACAGACUGUGAGAUUGAGAUGUUCUGCAAGCGUCGACUCUGUAUUCUAACCCCCGGUGCCAACUUGAAAACGAUGGCAUGACAACAGUGCCUGUACGUAGUCAAAGAGAGGAACACGAUUCGACUCGGCGCUCCGCUGAUGCUGCUGUUGUUUUCAAGCUACCAAAGACUUUGUUUUUUUUUUUUUGUUUUUUUUUAACAGCAAAAAAGACGAGCCGACAACCAGGACCAUGAGUUAAAAGUUCACAGGGAGAAGUUAGUCCUCAAAGUUUCUGUGUUUUUGUAAAGAUAACGGUAUUGUUGCUGUACAGUAUCCAGACAACAUUUGUUUGCUACGCUCUUUGGAUACAACUGCACAUUUGCAAUAAACCUUAUGUUUACAUAAUA